GCUCGUCUUUGUCUUGUCGUGCUGCCAUGCCAUGCCAUGCCACCAUUCCCGGCUCGUCAAGUCCCUAAAUAAGGCCCUGCCGGCCUUUUGUGAAGCUCGCCUUUAGCGAAACGCAACUACCCUUUACUCUCGCGAGCUCCUUAGCUGGCCAUUCUAGCUCGAGCCAUCAGAUUCCUCCCUCCCACGCUUCAACAGCGAAGCUCCGAGAAAGGAGGUCGAUUUCCUUCAUCCUUUCUAAGAGAUUUCGCGAGUCUCGCUACAAAGAUGGACGCGGUCUCUUCCGGCGCAGCGUGUUCCCUUAACAAGUCGAAGGGCAAGUCUCGUCCCGCCCGACACUACAUUGCGCGAUGGUCGCCCGAGGAGGACGCAAUUCUGCUCGAGCAUGUGAUGCUGCACGGCACGAGCCAGUGGGGCCUGCUGCAGCGCAGCGGCCGCCUGCCUCUCCGCGACAACAAGGCGUGCUGCAACCGCUUCAUCCUCCUCAAAAAGAAGUUUAUUGAACAAGACGGCUCACCGGCGGCUUCCGCGCUCUUGCCAGGUUCCGCGCACACGCUCCCCGCGCUCCCCUCCCUCCCCGCGCUUCCCGUCGGCGAGCCCCAUCACUGGAGCGCCGCGACGGCUUCCACGCUCCACGCGGCUCCAAGCUACCACUCCCUUAACCAUCACUCGCUUGGAAGUGGUAACCACCACUCCACGUGCAGCACAGCCCACGGCCAUCACAACCAGCACCACCAGCACCACCAGCACCACCAUCCCCACCCGCUGUUGGCGUCGCCGCACUCGUGCUCCGUCAGCUCCAUGGACGCCCUCUCCCUCGCCGCGCUGCCUUUCUCGCCCCAUCAUGCCGCAUCCCAUCCCGGACCCCUCCAACUCCCAUCCGCGCCGUCGUCCUCCAUGCCUCAGUCGUCCUCCAUGCCUCAGUCGUCCUCCAUGCCCCCCUCGUCCGUUCCCCCAUCGUCGUGUCGCUCGCCGGGUCUCGUGGCGCCGCCUCGGGAGGCGUCGCCGCGUGUUGUCAUCGAUCUGACGGCCGGCAAUUGGGGUUUUGCCGCCGGGGCGGGCAUCACUGCCCGCAGCGGCGUCGCCGCCUGGUCGGACGAUUCGACGACUGUGUCGCCCAACCCGCCAUCGAAACCGUCGCGCACGCCGUUCGCGCCCCAUCAUGCCCCGUCCGCCGCUUCCACGCUACCUCGCUCGCAGCAGAUGGCGGCUUCCGCCGCCGCCCGGCCCUGCUCCGCAUCUCCGCCUGGCGCUGCCUCUCCCCACGCUGCGCCGCCUAGUGCUGCUCCGCCUAAUGCGGCUCCCGCCGCCACUGACACUCCCGCCGCCGCUGCCGCUACCAGCGCGGCUGCAGUGGGCGGGAGCGGCGUGGAUGGGCGUGCGUGGAAGCGAGUGCGGAUGGCGGGGUCGUUCAAGGAAGACGCAGAUGCUGCGAAUGCUUCAAAUGCUGGCGAGAAGACGUUCAGGGAGACGACGGAUGAGACCCCGCAGCAGUGCCUUGCGGAUCCUUCCAGUGGAAGCGCGCAUGCUGUAACGGCCGGAUAUGCGGUAGAGGCCGAAUAUGCCGAAUAUGCCAUAAAUGGCUCGAACACCUCAAAUGCUGCUUCGCCUAGUUCGCCUGGUUCGCCUGGUUUACCUGGCGCAGGGCUAGCAGCUGUGCGUCCCUCAGCCACCAGUGUGUGCUCUGCCGCCGUGCCACCAGUGGCCUUUUCCAGCAUGAGCCCGGUCAAUGCUGGCUGUGACCUCUCUGCGUCUGCUCUCCAUGCUGUUUUCGCUACGCGGAACUGCACUGACCUGCAGAGGCCGGGUGCUUCUGGACAUCCCGGUACUUCUGUUUUUACAGUCGGUCAAACGACCCCAAAAGCAGCAGGAUGUGGGGCAGAUGCUGCUGCUGCGUCUCGGGCGAUGCAUGAAUCGUUCGCUGAUGCUGCUGCUGCGAUCGCUGCUGGGUCGGUGGUACCUGACGCUGAGCUUCUGGCCUGUUUGAACAGCCUCACGUCAUGCAUGGCGUGGCCGGACUUAACUCUCUUGGAGACUGAGGCUGGGGGUGUUGAUGCACUGGGAUCGCCUCUCAGUGCGGCCACUGGUCUUUCUGCAGGUGGUGGUAGGGAAGUGCUAGGGCGGGGUAAUGAGCUCCCGGUGUUGCGGCCAGACUUUUUGCUGGAGAUGAUGUCUUCAGGUUGACUGGCUGAGUAGCUUGUGUUUUCUCCCCCAGAAAACGAUUUUGAUAUGAUGUUUUCUGUAAGUUAGUGAGGCUUGUAAGUACCUUGUACUUCGCAGCAAUGUGUAAUUUGAGUUGUG